AUCCCCCCCCUAAAUGGUAUAAAAGCCUGUGUGUUAAGGUUUAGGCUCAUAAGCUCUUCCAGUUGCCUUCUUUUAAAUUCUACUUGUUUUAAGUAGAAGUUUAAGAGGCUGCAAUGGCCCUAACAGCUCUGCUCCUCUUAGUGGUUUGUGUGUCUAGCCAUGCUUUUGCAGAAGCAGAGACAAACUCUUUCCAAGAAUGGAUUCGAAUGAAACGAACUGGAGCCACGCAAUGCUGCACUGUUGAUGCUCUAGAUGAGCUUCGAGACACUCUACAAAACGACCUCGAUUUCAUUUCUCAGUCUGUGCUAGAGGUGGGAUUCAAUCUGCAAGAGUUUAUCAAUCUCGGCAUGGACGCUAAAUACCCAGCAUCGUCUUGUAGCUCUCUCUUCUACACCAAGCCCUAUAUGCCAUCUGGUGACUACUGGCUCGGUGAGGCUAAGCACAGCCCCAAGAAGAUGCACUGUGUUAUGGACAUGCACAAUCCGACCAUGGGCCCUACUCAAGGCUGGCUGGAACUCGUCAAUUUGGACGUGACGGACAAACGUCAGCAAUGCCCGGAUGGUUUCCGUGUAGUCGAACAACAAGGCAAACGUCUUUGUGAGAAAAAGGUCGAUCGUGGUUGUCAGUCAAUUGUGUUGUCAUCGUACGGAGUCCAGUAUUCUCGAGUGUGUGGAAAAGCUUCCGGUUUUCAAAUUGGCACAAACAACGCUUUCUUCCGAUACGAGUGUGAUCAUUGCACCAUUGACGGUCCUUACAUUGACGGUAUCAGUAUCACACAUGGCAAGCACCCUCGCAAGCAUAUUUGGUCACUAGCCACUUCUUGGACCAAUUACAGAGAUGACAGCUACCGUGCAGUGUGUCCCUGUGCUAAAGGACGUGGUCCCCAACCUCCUUCUUUCGUCGGGAACAACUACUAUUGUGAAACCGGGCAGUACUGGCCUUCCAAGAAAAGGUUUGAUGCUGAAGAUCCACUCUGGGACGGUCAGGGUUGUAGUGAUGGAGAGAAGGAUUGCUGUAAGCCGGCCGAUCUGCCAUGGUUCUGUGUCGAUCUCCCUCGAGGUACCACUGACGAUGUGGAGGUGCGAGUGUGCGCUGAUGAACGAAAGAGUAACGAGGAUCUCUAUUUGGAGUCUCUGCAAAUCAUUGUCCAGUAGUGACAGAACACCAUUUUUACUCAGUUUAAUCAUGUACGUGUAUAGUGAACUUUUUAGCUUACAGAUAUUGUACCGUGUGAAAUCAUUAUAAUGAAAUGGAA